GAAAUCAGUUCAUCAAAACACGAUAUGAUGGAUAUUGAUAUGAAUCAAGAUGAAACCAUUGUAAUUUGUAAUUCCUCACCGGUCACUCUUGUGCGAAAAAUAAAUCCACAUGUUGCCCUUGACCUUCAAACGGAUAGAAUUAGGCUACCUAUUCCUGGCGAACAGAACGUAUUUAUAACUAGCGCAUUGUCCUAUGUUAAUAAUGUACCUCAUUCGGGAAAUGUUAUUUGGAGUGUCCUAAGCGCAGACAUGUUUUCUAG